AUGUCGUUGGAACGUUUUAAUUUUAAUAUAUUUGACAACAAUACAGAAGACUGGGAUUACUAUAUACAAAGAUUUGAGAUCGAGUUACAACUUCAUGGGCUUGACGGAACAACAUCAGAUAGUAAUAAUAAGAGAAAACAAUUACUUCUCUCCCGAAUCGGUCCAAUAUCAUUCAAGGUACUUGUGGAUUAUUUUCGACCGACUCCCGUGACAUCGAAAACUUACGAGGAACUUAUUAAAGUACUACAUGAAUAUUAUGGCAAGAAGACCUACGUUCUCUCCGAACGGUUAUCUUUUGCUACAAGAUAUAGAAACGAAAAUGAGACAAUUUCACAAUUUAUACUACAACUUCGUUCACUCGCUGGAUACUGUGAAUUCGGAAAUACACUAGAAGAACGAAUUCGAGAUCAACUAGUAAUCGGCAUUAAUAACAUUACAUGGCAACAGGAACUCAUCAAAGAACAUCCAACGAAUGAUUCGAAACUUGCUGAUAUUAUCGCUACACUGAACAAACUGGAACAAGCAGAAAUACAGAGUCAACGUUUAACAAACAACAAUUAUACUACUAUGGAAACUACUAAUGAAUCACCGCAAGCUGUAAACAAACUUAACAUCAACAACAAUAGAAAACCCGGAAAGAAAACAAACAUUCCCUCAAAAAAAUGUAUAUUUUGUGGAGGAAAAUACCACCAAAAUUUGAACGACUGUCCUGCAAAGGGGAAAAGAUGCAAUGCUUGCAAUAAAAUGAACCAUUUCUCGAGCGUUUGUAUAGGUAGUGGUCAUUUAAAAAUAAACAAGUAUAAUACAAGACAAGUUUCAAUAAAGAAACAUCGUACUGAUAGCGAAAAUGAAGAUUCUGAUGCUGAGAGCACACACACUCGUGCGGUUGGUUUUCGUAAUCCUGCCAGCAAAAUUAUGAUAUCGACGAAACUUAACAGUAUAGAAGUUGAUAUGUUAUAUGACCCUGGGGCAGUACACUCAGUUAUUGGCAAAUUGUUAUGGAAAGCAAUUGGUCGACCAACACUAAAAAAAUGUAAGAAUCUUGUUGCCUACACAGACGUCAAGAUCGAGACUCUGGGAAUCUGCGACAUAACCGUAAUGGCCUUUAAUAGUGUGAAGAUAUUGUCAGCCUAUGUAACAAAACAUAAUGACUUACCUUUAUUUGGAUUAAAUUGGUGUUUACAAUUCAACCUACCUAUGCCACCGGGGGCUCGGCUCUGUAACAUAAAAGAACCCAUAACAAAAACAAUUCCCCCUAUAACAGGACAACAUAAUAAGGAUGAGGUUGAAUGUUUACUAAAGGACUUUAAAACACUAUUUGAUGGGAAAUUAGGUACAAUUAACUGUCAUACUGCCAAGAUCCAUAUUCCUAACAAUGUACGUCCUAAGGCUUUCAGACCACGACCAGUUCCAUUGGCCCUACAGGACCAAGUCAACGACGAAUUACAGCGUUUAGUAAGAGAGGGGGUUCUAGAACAUAUUGAUACAAUGGUAACGCCGAUUGAGUGGGCAUCACCUAUAGUCAUUGCAAUUAAAUCUAAUGGAAACGUACGUAUUUGUGCUGAUUUCAAAGUAACGAUCAACCAGCAUGUACAAGUUGAUGACUACCCCUUACCAAGGUUUGAGGAAAUUACAUCCAAAUUAGCUGGGGGUCAAUUGUUUACAAAAAUAGACCUUAAAGACGCCUACCUUCAAUUAUUGGUACACCCGGACUCCAGGAAGUACUUAACGAUCUCAACACACAAGGGUUACUUCCAGUAUAAAAGAUUACCCUUUGGUAUAUCUUUUGCACCAGCAGUUUUUCAAAGAACCAUGCAUCAAAUCCUAAGUGGGCUGGAUGGUGUUGUAUGUUACCUCGAUGACAUUUUGAUAACGGCGGAAAACCGACAUGAGCACAUAAAACGAGUCAGAACAGUCUUACAAAGGCUACAAGAAGCAGGUAUUAAAAGUCAGAUAACUAAAUGUUUCUGGUUACAGGAGAGUGUAACUUUCCUUGGUCAUAAGAUUGAUAAAAACGGUUUACACCCAACAUCGGAGCGAGUUGAAGCUAUCAAAAAAAUGCCAACUCAUUGGAGUUGA